AUGCUUGACCGCUUCAUUUUCUUUAGAGAUGUUAUUGAUCAUGUGGUUAGUCUGGAUAAGGAUCUUAAAGUGUUUGCUCUCACAUUGGAAGAGUGGGUUAGAGUUUGUGAAUUGCAUGCAUUCUUGAAGCUCUUUUAUGAUGUUACAAAUACAUUUUCGGCUUCAAAACACCCGACUUCAAAUCUCUAUUUUGAUGGUGUAUGGAGGAUCCAUAAAAAGUUGAUAGAUGUUACAAACGGACCCUUAAGUAGCUUGUCUUCUAUGGUCAAACCUAUGAAGGAUAAAUUCGAUAAAUAUUGGUUUGAUUAUAGUCUUGUCCUCUCGUGUGCUGCUGUUUUGGACCCCCGAUUAAAACUAGGCAGAGUUGAAAAUUGCUAUGAAAAGUUGUUUGGAGAGGUAUAUGCUAAGAAAAUGGUUGAACGUGUUAGAAACACUUUGUUUGAUUUGUUUGAUGAGUACAAAGAUGUCCAUACUGCUAGUUCUCCUAAUCUGGCAACUAGUAGUGGUGCCCCUAGUAUUUCUACUGUUGUUGGAAGUAAUGCGGAACAAAUGGAUGAAAUACAUGAUUAUAAGGUAUUCUUGAGUAAGAGAAGGAAAGCAGAUAAUGUCAAGAGUGAAUUGGAGAUUUAUUUAGAGGAAAAGAAUCCGGAUGUGACAGAAAAAUGUGACGUGCUGUCAUAUUGGAACAAAAAUUCUGUCCGUUAUCCGAAUCUUGCAUGUUUGGCUCGUGACAUAUUGACUAUUCCCAUCUCUACGGUUCCUUCAGAAUCUUCUUUUAGUAUGGGAAAGAAGUUAAUAAAUCCUUGGAGAGCCUCACUUGGGCAAAAGACAAUAGAAGCUCUUGCAUGUUCUGAAGAUUGGUUACGUGCAAAAGGUCUUAACUUAGGUUCAUCAAAAUUCUUUGGCUAUGGGGAAUUGUCUGUUGACGACGAUGAAGAAGAAGAAGAAGAUGAUGAGUGUCUUAGUAUUGAGUAA